AUGACGUCGGUUGUUUUUACUUACUGGCGGUUGAAAUUAUUUAUAGUUAAAAAAAAACUAAAAAAACCUAAACCUAUUUUCAGAUUCAUUUCUCACUCCUCACUCUCACUCUCACAGUCUCACUCAUUCAUUUCUCACUCUCGCGCCACCGUCCCUUCUCUCUCUGUUCGCCGCCACCGUUCUACGCCACCGUUCGCCGCCACCGUUCUCCGCCACCGUUCUCCACCACUGUUCUCCGCCAUCGUUCUCCGCUAUCGUUCUCCGCCGUCGCAGUUCAUCUCUCUUUGGAAAUCCUCCCUCUCCCUCGGCACCAUCGUUCUCCGCCACCUUCGAUUUAUUCGAUCUCUUCACACUGAAGAAUCUGAAGAAGUGAUGGAAUCUGAAGUUGAUUCAAUCUAAAGUUCCUCUUCUAUCGGUAUUACCAUCUCUCUAUUUUCAUGGUGUUUGUAACUGUUCGAUCAUUAGUUCAAAGCCACAUGUUAAUUGCAUUGUUAUUGCUGAA